ACGAAGAAGAAGUAUUUCCGGUAGCAUGGCGGCGGUAGCAUAACAAACACGCGCUGCCGACACAACAGAGAAGCAGCAGAGCUGAAAUUGUCUCGCGGACGUUAACAUGGUUGGAAAGAUUAAACAUGUCCGACAGAAGCUCCACCAGGAGGCGGUGAAGUUGGACCGGAAUUACCAGCCGUCUCAGCCUGCUGAGGUCCAGCUGUCUGCGGGGGGGCUGACAGGAGCCCCUCCACCUGCGGAAAGCAGCAAACCCCCCACCAGCGCACAGGUCCUGACCCACACCUCCUUCCCAUCCGGGAUCUUUGCCGGUACCAAAAUCUCUCCAGAGGUUCUGGUCCAGAGCCUGAAGUUUGACGAACCUCCAGAUGUCCCCUUACCUGUAAAGAAAGCCCCAGAGGAGAAGAAAAUCAAGUCAAAGAAAGAGAAGAUGAAGGAGAGGAGGGACAGAUGGCUUAGCAAGAUCAGCUCCAUCAAACAGGCCAAAGAGCAGCAGGCGGCCGAGGCCCGGAGGCAGGCCACUCCUGUGGUGGGAGACAUGAGGCCGCUGGCCGACGCCUUGCCGGAGCUUUGCCAGCUUGUUGCACCUGCAGCAGCAGCAGCAGGCUGCCCACCUCGCUGCAGGAGCAGGAAGAACCGCACGCCGGUGAAGAGACCAGAACCAACCGACUUCAGUCAGAUGAGACAGACCCAGAAACGGAAACUCCUGGAGACUGAGAGCAGCCGUUUCGGCGAGGCGGUGAGGACGAUCUCCUCCAAAGAAAACCCUCUGGCUGAUAUCGGGGAGCAGCUGAGGAAGAGGAUGAGGCAGGAGGAAGAGCAGCAACGUUAACAAAGAGCGAACCACCAGCCCGGCGUGGGUGGUGGAGACCAUGACUGACUGACAGGAAGCUCGUGUCUGCUCAGCUCAAACAUCAGCAAACAUGUUUCCAGCUUCUUCUGGUUUUGUGUUCGUGAUGAAGGACUGGUCCGAGACCAGUUUAGCUCCUCCCAUUCAUGCACCAACAUCAGACUGAACAGCUCUCCAAACAUCAUGACUGGGACAUCAUUUUAAAUAAUCCACUUUAAUCCACUCAGAUUUCACACCUUCUUUAUGAUGGUUUUACCUCCACCCCCCCUCCCUGCUGCGGUCCUGCUAUGAUUAGAUCAGAGGUAAGACAAACCUAAUCAAUAGAAGGUCCCGUGCUCCGUGUGGGCCAUUAGCGUUCAUUAAUAAUGGAUCAGACGGGAAGCUGCAGUGUCAAAUUAAAAAGUCAUCAGAGCUCCGCGAUGCUGCUUCUUCUCCACGUCCACCGGCUCAGAAACAUGACCUGCCGCUCAGCUGGAUCUUCACCUCCAUCUCACUCAUCAGGGUGUUUGACUGAUUCUGGACCACAGAGUCCAGAUUCAGCCUCACGGGGGGACUGUUCCCACAGGAAAACCGUGGAUUUCUGCAGAAUGAUGCAGAAAGUCUGUUUUAGAUGUCUGAUCUUAACAUAUUGGCUUGUUUAUGCUAAGACUGAUCACCCUUUCUGAGAUGGGAUAAAUCGGGGGAGGAGUUGAAGUAUCUGAAGGUCUCAUUCAGCAGCUGACAUAGAAAGCAGGUUGACGGAUGCAGCACCUGAGGUGAGGUGGAUGCAGGAAGCUCCCAACAGGAAGGUCUGGGUGGAGCUCCGUCUUCUCUGUGAGGCUGAAGGGACGAAUUAGUUUCUCUGCUGAGGUUGUAACACUGGAGGUGUUUUAUUAUGUCUCCCCAGGAGGAGCAGAAGCAGGAAAUGAUGCAUGGUUUUCAAGGUUUUUUACUAAUAAAAUGUGUGACGUGCAUUUGUAUUCAGCCCCUCCCCAUGUUCCCCAAUACCCCCAAAUAAAAUCCAGUGCCGCCAGCUGACUUCAGAAGUAC